UUCGAGCAAACACUCCGGACUGAACAGAACCCGUGACGUAUACGGUCAGCGUUCUACUGUGCGGACAAUCAAUAAACUCUUUCUGCAAAGUAACAACAAACCCAUAUUUCCAGGAUUUUUGAGAAUAUUAAAUACAGUUAUGGACUCCACAACGACCAUAGGGGGGUUCAUCAGCACCCUCACUGAGAUGGGCUUCAGUCAAGAUCAGAUACAGGCGGCGAUACAGGCCGGGUUCUUCUCUGUACCAGAAGCGGCUGAAUGGCUUUUGCAGGGUGGGAGUCCACGGCAUAAACUAGUCAAGCAGCCUUCAGGUCCAUUAGAGACUGCGUUUUCUGCGUUCAACCCUCCCAAAGAUGCUUUCUGCACUAACAAUAACUCACAGUCUGAAGCAACAGGUCCUUCAUUGGUCUUGGCACCUCCUUCUGUGAAUGCUCCCACGGCAAAAGAGCAUCCACCCCUGGAAACACGGAUCAAGCUCGAUAAGAGUCAUUUCAACGAGCAGCAGAGGCAGCGAGUGGCUCAAGAGGCGCGGGCAGAAAGGAGACAGAAGAAGCAGGAGCGUGAGUUGGUACUGAAGAGGAUCGCAGAGGACCGGCGCAGUCAGCAGGAGAAGGCCCAAAGUGAAGCCACGGCCGAGACCUCUGCAUCCAGCGGACAGGGCCAGAGACUGGGAGGACAUGUGGAGCCCAGCAUGGACAACCACUGCAUCCUCAUGAUUCGCCUUCCCUCUGGAGAAUCAAUGCGCAAGCGUUUUCCUGCAGACACUCCCUUAAGUCACGUCGUCCAAUACAUUGCCGGCCGCCAUCCUUCACUACCCGCUUUCUCCCUCCUGCAAGGGUUUCCUCGAAAGCGCUUUGGAGAAGCGGAGCUAACCUGCUCCCUCCGGUCUCUAGGACUGUCUCCCAAUGCUGCGCUUUGCAUACAGACCACGCCCCCCGAGACGCCUCAGGACCCGCCCAGUCCAGCAUCCCGAUUGGCCGUUGUAGAGCAGGCGGAGGCGGAGCCACGGGAAGAGCCAGUGGCACCUCCAAAUGAGCAAUCCCAGGUGGAGGCCGGGGCUUUAGAGGAACUUGCGGUGCCUCCACCUCUGCCCCCUCAGCUGUGGGAGGAAGCAGUGGGGUAUGCUGGGAUUCCUGGGGUCGGACCUCCGCUGUCAGGACCCUCUCAUUACUGGGGACGAGGCCAUAAACUGGUGCAAGGAGAUGCAGGAAAUGAAGAACAUUUGGAAAACGAGGAGCAACCAGAAGAAGAAGUUGUACCUCCAUUUCAUCUCAACGGACUGCCACAGUUGCCCUUCUUCCUGGAGAACAGGGCAAGAGCGGGACAUCACUGGCCAGAGCAGGGCAACAGACUCAGGGAGGCGGAGCCUGAUGAGCCAGCAGACCCUGAGGAGAUCAGUGUAUUGCGUGGAGCUGCGGGUCAAGCUGCGGUCGAGCGCUUACAGCGAGCCGCUCAUCACGACGAGCAGCAGUCACCACACGGGCAUCCCUCUCCCCCCAAAAAAGCCUUCAAGACCCCCCGCGUGCCCUCUCUCUGCUCGAUGGCCACCAGGGCCACCGUUUCCCUCAUGACAGCUCCCAGCAUGCAGUACAGCAGUAGCCUGGCGUGUUUGACCCCGGAGCUGGCCGAACUCUUGUUGGCUCAUAUGGCACGUGAACGUCUCCUCCGCCCGCGAACCCUGGAGCUGUUCUUUGGCUGCCCCCUGCAGAAGUUUGUCCUAAACUGCUACCCAUACACCACCAACGAGCUGCUGCGGCAACUGAGGGCUUUUUCCUGCCUCAAACAUCUCUGCUUCGUCAACUCUCCACUCAUCACAGACGCUGGCCUUUCAGUUUUGUCCAACCUCUCAAAACUGCAGCAUCUCAACCUGUCGUCUUGUAGUAAACUAACAGACAGCUGUUUGCAGCAUAUCACAGGACUGCACAGUCUGAGCUUCCUGGCUCUGGACCAGACCAAAGUAAGCGAUGCAGGUCUACUGAUGUAUCUGCAGUCGGGUUCUUCUGCGCUGUGUCAGCUCAGCCUCAAUCAGACGGCCAUCACAGAGAGCACACUGAGAGUGCUGCCCACAUGUGCACCACAGCUACGAAUGCUCAGUAUUAAACACACCAAGGUGAGUGAUGUGUCUGCACUCGCAGAACUCCGAAACCUGCAGACGCUUCACCUGGACGGCACAGGUGUACGAGAAAACACUCUCCAGUGCCUAGCAACCCACCCCAGCCUAUCAGCUCUCAGCCUGGCCGGCAUACCAGUCGCAGACGGAAACCACACGCUGGAGAUCAUUUCAGGCCUAAGGCUCACCCAGCUCACGCUGCCCAGCAGACACUCUGUGACGGACACUGGACUUACAUUUCUCUCCAGACAGACUUUGCUCUCAGAGCUCGACCUGACGGAUUACACUCAGCUCACUGACCACGGCAUUACACAGCUUGGCAGCAUGAGCAGGUUGAAGAAGCUGUCUCUUAGCAACACUCAGGUGAGUGACAGCGGGCUGCAGGGACUGAUCAGUCUAAAAGAGCUCCAGGAACUGUGUCUCGACCGGACAGCCGUCACCAGCAGAGGGGUCGCAGCCUUGAUCACACACUUACCACAUCUGCAGGUGAUGGGUUUGGCCAGUACACAGGUGGGUGAUACGGUGAUCAGACGAGGUCUAGUUCACUGUCCUCAGCUGCUGAAACUCAACCUCAGCAGAACCAGAAUCACAGAUCAGGGUCUGAAGUUCCUGUGUCGUAUGCAGCUGAGUCAAGUGAACCUGGAUGGCACAGGCGUAACUCUUGUUGGCAUUGCUAACCUGAUCUCCGCCUGCCAUCAUCUGACCAGCGUACGGGCCAGCCAUACUCGCACCAUUCCUCCAGACCAACAGUCUGAUGACGACGACGAUGAUAACGGCAACAAAGCCACACGCUCCUAGAUGUUUCUUUGUAUUCUUCAAACACGGCCAUGGAACCCUUCAUCUGUUUCUCAGAGGGCUGAUUAUUCAGAGCUUCCUUUUUCCAUAAUUAGUGCUACAAUCUCACUUGGGUUCGACAAUCAAGUUGAAAUACAUUUUUGAAUGUGGUUAAACAUCUAAUAUAGCAUACAGCAAAAACAAAA